CUAUUUUCAGUAUUCAUGUCACCAUAUGUCUGUCUUGAUAAAUGUGUCUGAGUUUGGGUGGUUUACAGCUGCUGUAGAAAGAGCAGCUCAGUUUAUAUUGGAGGGUAAAGUAAUUGCACUUCCAACAGAUACAGUUUAUGGUUUGGCGGUGGCAGCCCAAGAUACACAAGCCAUUAAACAGCUGUACAAGAUCAAGGGACGAGAUCAGAAUAAGCCACUGGCUAUUUGUGUUAAUAAUGUGAAAUCAUUGUGUUGCUGGGGGAAGGUGGACUGCCUCCCAUCGGGUUUACUCGAUACACUUCUACCUGGACCUGUUACUGUUGUCUUAGAGCGUACUUCGAAUCUGAACUCAGCACUGAAUCCAGGUGUUUCCAAGAUUGGGAUCCGCAUUCCUGAUAAUGAAUUUGUGCUCAACUUGUGCAAGAGGCUUGGAACUCCAUUAGCGUUGACUAGUGCUAAUGCCAGUAAUGAACACAGUUCUUUAGCUCCUGAGGAGUUUCAGAGCCUAUGGCCACAUUUGGCAGCUGUGUUCCAUUCUGGAAGGCUAGGAGACUCCACAUCCCUUCGCGCUGGCUCCACAGUUGUAGACCUCAGUGCCCCUGGGAAGUAUCACAUUCUCAGACCUGGCAGUGCUCUUGCAAAUACUAAAGCAAUAUUAGAGCAUUUUUCAGUUGUAGAACAAGAUGCAUACUGUGCAUUAAAAGCACAAAAUCUGUUCUGUGGUCAUGGUAACAUUGAUUAGCUUUUGAGGCGUGAGUGCAUUCUAGAAAGCUACUUAAUAGUAAUGAUGGAUAUUACGUAAUUGAACUUAUUGGUGUUUAUAAUUGAAAAU